AUGCCUACUGUCGCAUUUCCUACUUCCACAGCCAUAGCUGAAAGGGUUCGAAAGGUAUACAACACGUUGGGGUUCAAAAAAGGCUAUAACUUCACUUUAUUCUUUAUCUUUGCGGGGGCAUGGAUGGGAUUCACCCUUGCUCGCCUGCAAUACUUAGACUUCUCAACGUUCUGCAAAAAUGCAGCCCCGGGGGAAUGUUUUUACUACAAGGGAUUGGGAUACGUUGGGCUGUACCUGCAUCUCGGCUGCAUUCUUCCGGCCGCCUUCCUUGCCUUCUUCCAGUUUAUACCAGCCAUUAGGUACAAGGCUAUCCUAUUCCACCGGGUCAAUGGCUACAUCGUAAUCCUCCUUGUCCUAAUCUCUAAUGCUGGGGCCUUGAUCAUCGCAAGACACUCGUUCGGUGGACUCAUGCCUACGCAGGCUGCCGUGGGUCUCCUGGUAAUUCUCUCAACGGCAGCGAUUGGCAUGGCGUAUUACAACGUCAAGCGACUACAGCUGGAACAACAUCGAGCUUGGAUGCUGCGGACAUUCUUCUAUAUGGGAUGCAUCAUCACCACCCGUGUAAUCCUUAUCGCAUCUUCGGCUAUCAUCUCCAUCGCACCAAAGUAUUACAUGGCACAACCGUGUGACAAGAUUGACUACCUCUUUGGAACGGAAGUCGCACUCGCUCGAUAUCCCGAUUGCGCCAGCUUUUACAACGGGUCUCACCCGGCCCAAAACGUUCUGGUCUUAGGUGACUUGAACGGCUCUCCGGAUGAGCUUGGGACUGCGCUAAAUAUCAACUUUGGAAUGGCGCUUUGGCUAGCGAUGUUUAUUCAUGCUCUGGGUGUGGAAAUAUAUCUGCAACUUACACCACGAGAAUCUCAACGACUGCGUAAAAUCUCCUACACUCGGCAAUUGGAAGCCGGGUUUAGAGAUCCCGGCAGGGCAGGACUGACGGUCGAUAAAUUUGGCGAUAGCGAGCCUUGGGUCCCAUCUAUGUGA